CUGAGGAGAUACCGGUUAUCCCAAGAAAGGGUCAGGAGAUUGGAAGCGGCAGAGAGGGCGGACAAGGACCUAAGAGCGGCGAAAGUUAGGAUGGGGAAGAUCCGAGCGGAGACUGAGCUAGCAACCAAGCUAGAUACGCUGAUCCAAAGUGUAGAGGCUUUAUUAGUCGCACAACGGGAACAAAUGCAGUACGAACGCAAUCAAGACAUCAAGAUAGAUGCGAUACGCGCGGGGUUCGCGUGCGACAUGAUGAAACACCUGCUGACCGAAGUGCACAUUGCGAUUAAUAGGACCCGAGAGUUUUGUACUGACGCCAUUGAAGGCGCCAAGCUAGCGGCCCCUAAGGAAGAGGAGCCGGCCCCACCACGUCGCAAGAAAGUCAAGGUCYGAUUUCCCGAACCCUUCAGUGGAAAGAAGCGUGAAGAUUUUGAUAACUGGGAGGCCAAUGUGCACUCCUAUCUGUAUCUGCAGGGAGUCACACCUGAAGACCACACUUUGGUGGCCUUCCAGGCCCUUAGAGACGAAGCAACUAGCUUUGCUAGGUCGCUAGCCCGCGCUGCCAACUGCGAUAACGAUAUGGUUACAUACUCCAGACUGGAGCGAUUUUCUAAUGUCACGCAGGGCCUUAAGGCCUCAGACAAACUCCAAAUGAUCCACACUUGCCAGUGGAAGAGUGUGCAUGCGCUAAAGUCCGCUAUGGACGAACUGAUUGCGGUCCCUGGGCAUGGAGUCACUGAUGCGCAACUCCUUAACCUCUUCUACCGCGCCCUGCCUGAAAAUAUUCAGGGACACUUCUUCGAGAAGAAGAAUCAGCAGGGCAUGACUUACGAUACACUUAGUCGGGAGGCAGUUGCAUUUGCCGCCCAAGCGUCGCCAGUUACCACGUUCGGGCACAAGGAUCUGUCUAAGGGAAAAACGUGGAAGGGACGCACCAUCUCAGGCCAAAUCAAGGCCAAAGAUAGUCUGAUCUUAAUGAUGGAGGAAGGUGGUGCAGAGGAGGUUCCCUACUCUGACAUCGAGUGGGGAUUAGAGGAGGACAACAACGCAGGCCAGGGGAGAACCUACGCUGCUGUCACGGCUGGAGGGAGGCCGCAAGGAGGACAAGGUCCGGCCCAAGUGGUCGGGCCCAGGGUGGCCGAGGGCAGGGCGGCCAGGGGGUUGGCGGCUAUGGCAACCGCCAAGCGGGAGGAAGGGGAGGUCUCCCGUCUAACCGUCCGAGUUCUAGUCGGUCACCUCCCAGACAAGGAAGGUGGCAUCCAGGCCGGCUUGAAGGCUGACCUUGGUUAAACCUGGGUAUAGAUCAAAGGGUAUCGCAAGAACGCAUUAAUAGUUCUCAAUGCGUAUUCUGUGGGGACCCGGGCGACAUUAUCAAAUUUUGUCCGAAGUAUAGGGACCGUGCUGCAUCUAGGGCAGCAAAAGACAGUUGCCGGUAGGGGUUGCAACCGCCCCUACCUUAGGAGUAUGUGGAUCCGAGCGUGCCAGCGAAGUAGAGUCUCCCACUCCACAUAUUUCCAUGGCAAAGGUUGCAGGCCAGAGUCUAGUAAGUUGUCCAGAGAUCGCUUGUGUUAGGGUCUCUUUAGGCGCUUCCCUUACAGGCUUAGCCGAUGAACUGAGAGACAGGAGGCAAGCCUGGGCCAAGAUGAAGAAGGAUAGUAAAGGACAGCUAAUCCU